AUGGGUGACCUUGGGUCUAAAGCUGAGUGUCAUUAUCCUGCAAUAUUCUAUGCUGGAGCAGCAGCUGGGCUGUGUGUGGACUUAGCUUUGUUCCCAAUUGAUACAGUAAAGACAAGACUGCAGAGUGAACAAGGUUUCUUUAAAACUGGUGGCUUCAGAGGCAUCUAUGCUGGUAUAGGGGCAACUGCAGUAGGUUCUGCACCUGGAUCUGCAUUGUUCUUUGUGAGUUAUGAGGCAGUGAAGGAUUCACUUGGAAGGAGGUUGGAAACUGAGCACCUUCAGCCUGCAGUUCACAUGACUGCCGCAGCCUGUGGGGAAGUGGCAGGUUGUCUGGCCAGAGUGCCCACAGAGGUGGUCAAGCAGCGGGCUCAGGCCAACCCCAGUGCCAGAGUAUUGGAUAUCUUUAGGACAACUCUGCAGCAAGAGGGUAUCCGGGGGCUGUAUAGGGGCUAUACAACUACUGUGCUCAGAGAGAUUCCAUUCUCAUUUAUACAGUUUCCUCUCUGGGAAAUUAUGAAGAAGUCCUGGUCUAGAAGACAGGGAGCAUCUGUUAAUCCCUGGCAGUCGUCUAUAUGUGGUGCUAUUUCUGGUGCUAUAGCAGCCUCUGUUACAACUCCUCUGGAUGUUGCUAAAACAAGGAUCAUGUUGGCAGAGCAUGGCAGCUGUCUGGCGUCUGGGAGUUUACUGUUUGCCCUGAAGCAGGUGUAUGGUGAGAAAGGAACCAGAGGGUUGUUUGCUGGUGUUGUUCCCAGAACUCUGUGGAUUGCUAUAGGAGGUGGCAUCUUUUUAGGUGUUUAUGAUAAAGUCAAACUCAUUAUUGGAGCUGCCAUUGAUGAGGAAAGAUAACAGAUCAAGGGAACAUUUAGUAGGUCACCUCCUCUUUAGUGAAUAACAUGAUUGUAUGCAUUAUACAGAGACCAGCCUGUUUUGGCAAAUCUUUUCACAGUAGUGUGGACCACAGUAACUGAUUUCAUAAUGACAGACACAGGACAAGAUUCAACUUUGUAAGACAGCUUAAGAGAGAAAGUGUUGAACUGUGUGAUGGGCAAACUUUAUUCAUGACUUUUGAUUCAUGACAAAAUAACCAUUGAAGACAGAUGCAAAAAAUGAAUUUUAUUUUAGCACUUCAGAAAACAUGUUAUCUCAUAAGUUAUAAUUCAUCUUAUGUGCAGAUAUAAGGUUAUACAAUUUUUUGUCAAAUCUUCACAUUGUACACAGUACAAUGGUAUAAUAAUUGUCAACUUGUUUUUAUGAUUGUUAAAUGAUAUAAUAAAUUAAUGUCAGUAUUUGACCAGUUAUGUAAGAUUGUCCUUUAUCUAAGCUUCUGCCAUGUGUGACAGUGUGUUAGGUGUGACAGUGUGUUAGGUG